AUGUUUGCAGGUCCUAGCUGCAGCGCGUCAGCUCCCCCGCGCAAAGCUGUCUUUGAGACACGCUUUUCCGGAGUUCUCGGACUCAUUGUAACGGUAACGCCGCAUAUUCUCCCAGUUCCACGUGUGCUCAGUGGCAGCCCCUAUCGUGGCACUACGUUGAAAGCCCCUAUCGUGGGGUUGAAUAUCAUUCGCAGUGGCGGACGUUGGCUGAUCAAAAGCACAUCGCGAAGAUUCGGGACAGAGAAGGAGAGGCCCAAGCGAUGGUGA